UGUCACUCGCUCGAGCGCACCUGUUGCAUCGUUCUAGCCUUUUUGUCCUCUCCUUUAUAUUUUGUUUCUACAUUUCUGUCUGUAUCAGCAAGGUCGCCUUGGCUACCCAAAUCGCGUCGUAUUUGGAGCAAAGUUCACUUCUGUGAGAAAACGGAUUGAGAUGGAGUCUUGAAGAAUAGUUUAUCUCAGGAGUUUUUUGGAGGAACUAUCAGCGAACUGAAGAACAGCAUCAUAGAUUCUCUCUGCUGAGGGGUGGAUGUCGUAGAACAUGAAUGUUUUGGGGACCCCAACAAAAUCAAGCAAUGGGGUGGCCAGAUCGGACAGCAAGAUCAGUGCCAAGACCCUGUUCGAGCAACGAAAGAAGUACUCAAACUCGAAUGUCAUCAUGCAAGAGACGUCGCAGUACCAUGUGCAGCAUCUCUCUACGUUCAUCAUGGAUAAAACCGAGUCCAUCGCUACAGUAGACGAUGCCAUUAAGAAGUUAAAACUGCUGGACUCCAAAGACAAAAUAUGGACACAGGAAAUGCUGCUGCAGGUGACGGACAAAUCCAUCAAACUCCUGGACUGCGAGACCAAGGAAGAGCUUGAAAACUUUCCUCUGGCCACAGUUCAUCACUGUCAGACGCUGUUGAACCAGACGAGAUACCCUUCCGUCCUUCUGCUCAUCUGUCAGGACAACGAACAACACAAACCAGACAUUCACUUCUUCUACUGCGACGAAGUGGAGGCCGAGAUGGUGCACGCUGACAUUGAUAGCGCUCUGGGAGACAACGCACGUGGCAAGAAGAUGCGACCGCAGACGCUAAAGUUGAACCAAGAAAAGAUGAAACGCCAACGGGAGACCAUCAUCCCGGCCUCUGAGACUAGAAGUCCUGGCCCUGGGGUCAAAGGUCGAGUAGCAGCUACGGACAUGAAAGAUGAACUGUCGAUGCAGGACCCUGAGUCCAAUAUGAAACUGGCCCAGCGGAUCGAGAAGGACGUGCAAAUCCUGAACUGUGCUUUAGACGACAUCGAGAUCUUCGUGGCGCGUCUUCAUAAAGCGGCAGAGGCUUUCACACAACUCAAUCAGCGCAACAGGAGCAAGAAAAACAAAAAAAGAGGACCAGCAGAGGGAAUGCUAACUCUACGAGCUAAGCCUCCGUCAGAAGGAGAGUUUAUCGACUGUCUUCAGAAGCUGAAACUCUCUUUCAAUCUGCUGGCCAAACUGAAGAAACACAUUCAGAACCCCAAUGCUUCAGAGCUCGUACACUUCCUGUUUGGACCUUUGGAAAUGAUACUGCAGAGUUGUGGCACUCCUGAGCUGCCGCGUGUGGUCAUCUCUCCUCACCUGUCGCGGGACACAGUGGACUUCCUGAGAGGACACCUGACUCCUAAAGAGAUGACCAUCUUUGAGCUGCUGGGAGACGGUUGGACGAGGCCCAGAGCUGAUUGGCCGAAAGAUCAGUGCGCUCCUCUGUAUGUCCCAAAGUUCCGGAAUGGCUGGGAGCCGCCAGUGGAAUUCUUCCGCACGUCACCAUGGGAGACGGAGAGCGCUAGUGUUCCGAAAUCUCUAGUGCAGUCAGAAUACAGGCCAAAAGAGUUCUUUGGAUCACAGUCGUCACUCUCUUCAAACGGCUCUUUCUCGGCGCCUCCUGCUCCUCGGAAAUAUGCAAAGAUCCGCUACCACUUUGUGGCACGUAAUGCCAAUGAGCUGUCAGUGCUACAGGACGAAAUUCUGGAGGUGUUGGAGGAUGACAAGCAGUGGUGGAAGUUGAGGAAUAGAAGCGGUCAGGCGGGAUACGUGCCCUAUAAUAUGCUGGAUGUGGUCAAACUCGAGGACCCUCAAGUCGUGAGUGACCCGCCCUACAGUCCAGUAACCCCUUACAGUCAGUCAUACCGAGGACAGUCGCCCUCCGGCUCAAUGGGCAGUGACAAAGACGGUCACACUCAUCAGAUGGAUAAAGUGAACGAUGAGCUGCUCAUGUUGAUCACUGGGAAUAAGACCAGUCAGCCCACGAGAAACUUCAAGGUGGUGCGUCAGUCAGCCGUCCCGCUGACCUUUGACUCCAACCCAGCGGAGGUCACCACCUGGCUCAAUGCCAAGGGCUUCUCCAAACCGACGGUGGAUCGCCUGGGAAUCCUGACAGGUGCUCAGCUCUUCUCUCUGAAUAAAGAUCACCUGAAGGCCGUGUGUGGAGACGAGGGCUCUCGCGUCUACAGCCAGAUCACCGUCCAGAAGGCACAGCUAGAGAAGAGUCGAGGAGAUUCCGAACUGCAGGAAAUUAUGAGGAAACAGCAAGAGAAAAUUGAAUCUGCCCCAUGAACUGUCAAUCAAACUGGCAACAGUAACUGUCAAGCGAACCCACCAACGAACUUAGAUGACGUAGAUUCUGCCACACCGUCGACCACACGUCUAAUUCAAUAUAUUUUUUAAUUGUAUAUUUAUUGUUGGUGCUUUUUGUUAUUAGUGUAUGUACGGACCUUAUCGUAAUUUAUGCGCAUGCAUUAUCUUGUUCAUGCUGGAACACACUUGUAAGCUUAUAAGACUCUUUAUUGCAUGAAAACAAUGUAUCGCUGAAUCUCACAAAAACAUGUACAGGUCACACCUCAACAACAAGAACAAUGACAUUAAAAAAACAUUAGGACGUUUUUUGGGUUAUUCUGCAUUUUCAUGACAUUUGAACUUCAAUUUCUCAAAGUAGUGCAGAUUUUUUUUCUUCAUAAUUUUCAUUCCCAGAAUGUCAGACCUCAAAAUCAAAAGAAAAAUGAAAUUAUGAAAAAAAAAAAACAUUAGGAACGUUAACUUUUUUUAAAAGUUAUUUUUCAUUUUCAUAUUUUAACUUCAAUUUAAAAUCUUCAAAGUAAUGAAGAUUUUAUUUUUUCAUAAUUUUCAUUCUCAGUUAUUCACACCUCAAAAUCAAAAAAUGAAAUUAUGAAAAUAAAAACCCUUAGGAACAAUAACUUUUUUUUUUUUUUUUUUUUUGCAUUUUCAUGACAUUUUAACUUCAAUUUCUCAAAGUAAUAUAUAUAUAUUCCCUCACAGUUUUCAUUCUCAGAUAUUCAGACCUCAAAAUUAAAAAAAUAAAAUUAUGAAAAAAAAACCUAUUAGAAACAUUAACUUUUUUUUUUUUAGUUUUCAUGCAUUUCAAUGCAUUUUCAUGACAUUUUAACUUCAAUUUCUCAAAGUAAUGCAGACUUUUUUCUCAUAAUUUUCAUUCUCUAGUCACACUUCAAAAUAAAAUAAAAAUAGAAUUAUGAAUAAAAACGUUAGAACCAUUAACUUUUUUCUGCAUUUUCAUGGCAUUUUUACUUCAAUUUCUCAAUUUUGUUUCUCAUAAUUUUAUUAUUUUAACAAAGUAAUGCAGAUUCCCCCCCCCCAUAAUUUUACAUUUUUAGUUAUUCACACCUCAAAUCAAAAGAAAAAUGAAAUUAUGAAAAAAAAAACCUUAGCAACAAUAACGUAACUAUUUAACAAUAACUUUUUUUUUUUGGUUAUUUUGCUUUUUCAUGACAUUUUAACUUCAAUUUGUUUUUUCUUCAUAAUUUUCAUUCUCAAAAAAAAAAAAAAGGAAAUUAUGAAAAAAAAAACCACGAACAUGAAAAUUUUUUGGUUAUUUUGCAUUUUCAUGACAUUCUGUAUUUUCAUCAAAGAAAUUUCUCAAAGUUUAGAUUAUUUCCCUCAUAAUUUUUAUUCUCAGUUAGAGAGACCUCAAAAUUAAAAGAAAAAUUAAAUUAUGAAGAAAAAAAAAACAGAACCAUUAAUUUUUUUAUUUGGUUAUUUUUUGGUUAAGAAAAAUGUAAUUAUGGUAAAAAAAAAAAAAAAAAAAAAAACACAUUAGAACCAUUAACUUUUUUGUUGUUGUUGUUGGUUAUUUUGCAUUUUCAUGUAAUUUCAUGUUCAUUUUCCUCGUAAUUUUCAUUCAAUAAUUCAUAAAAAAAUAUAUAAAAGCAAUAAAAAAAUAUAUAAAUCAGCAGUACAACACACACACACACAAAAAAAAUAAAUAAAAAAAUUCACAUCACAGUAAUUAAAAAAUGUGUUUUAAGUUGAUGUAAAUUGAAAAACAGUGCAAAAUGCAGAUUUAAUUUUAAGUUCAAUGUUGGUUUUGUGGUUAAAUGUGACCCGUACAUGUUCUUGACAGGCUGAGUUAAUGAAUGAGUUAAGAAACGUCACACUACACAUGUAAAUAAUGUGCUCAACUCUGUCAUCACACAUGUUCUGACGCUGAUGGUUAUGACGAAUGAAUGAAGCGAGAACAGUAAAUUCAUCAGACGGAUUCAUGCGCAUCUUUUCUUGCUCUUGUCAACACUGUGUACUGAACAAGUGUUUUUAAUUUGUAUAAAAGGGCAUUUAGAAAGAAGGAUAAUUUGGUUUGAUCUUAAAGUAUGUGGUUGAAAUCACAACAGAGACACUUUAAAAAAACUCAAACACACAGACGAGUUUUAAUCAGUUUAAUCGCAUACCAAUAGUAGGACCAGAAGUACAACCUCUUAGUAUUAUCCUCUGCUAGUUUGUCCAAAUGUUAUUUAUAAAAACAAAUCACUGUAUUGUAAAUUUAAGAAAUAAAGUGACUACUAAAAGA